AUGCUUUUUUUUUCACCUACUGCCUUACGCAUUUUUAUUCUCCUCUCUAUUCGUUCCUAUUCCGUUGCAUUCGUCACAGGCAAACACGAUCCUGCGGCGGCGGACCCUGCGGCAUGGGCGCAGCUGCAGCAGCUCCCCCCGUCCGACCGCCUGCACACGGCAGUGCUCCCAAAGGGCGGAAGCACUCUGGGCGCGGGCGCGCUGGCGGACGGUAGAAAGGAGGGGGAGGCGGAGCUGGCGCAAGUGGACUUGCGCGCGCUGAGCCACGCGCAGCGGGAGCGGCUAGUGGAGCGCGCGCUUGAGACGCUCGAUCAGGACAACGAGGCGUACCUUACGAAGCUUAAAGCCCGCCUCGACCGCGUGGGGCUGGCCGUGCCGGCGGUGGAGGUGCGCUUCGAGGAUGUGCACGUCGAGGCGGGCGUGUACGUCGGCACGCGCGCGCUGCCCACGCUCCUCAACUUCACGCGCAACUCGCUCGCCGCGGCGCUGCGGUCGCUGCGCGUGGUGCCGGAUUCGCGGCGCCCGUAUCCGAUCCUGCACGGAUGCUCGGGCGUGCUGCGGCCGGGCCGCAUGACGCUGCUGCUGGGGCCGCCAGGCGCCGGCAAGUCCACUCUCAUGCAGGCGCUCGCGGGCUGCCAUGACAAGUCGCUCAAGGUAUCUGGCAGCGUGACCUAUAACGGGCAUGCUCUUAACGAGUUCGUACCGGAGCGCACAGCAGUGUACGUGCCGCAGAACGAUGAGCACAUUGGCGAGAUGACUGUCCGGGAGACCCUCGACUUCUCCGCGCGCCUGCAGGGCCCGGGGCUCCGCAAAGACCUAGUGGAGGAGCUGGAGAGGCGCGAGGCGGAGCAGGGCAUUGUGCCGGAUCCCACUAUGGACGCCAUCAUGAAGGCGAUGGCGCUGGAGGGCAACCCCACCAAUGUGAUCACGGAUUAUGUGCUCAAGCUUCUCCCCCACCUCAGAUUCUCCCCCACCUCAGAUUCUCCCCCACCUCAGCUUCUCCCCCCACCUCAGCUUCUCCCCCACCUCAUCUUCUCCCCACCUCAGAUUCUCCCCCACCUCAGCUUCUCCCCCACCUCAAUCUUCUCCCCCACCUUCAUCUUCUCCCCCACCUCAUCUUCUCCCCCACCUCAUCUCUCCCCCCACCUCAUCUUCUCCCCCACCUCAUCUCUCGCCCCCCACUCUCUUCUCAGCCCCUUGAUCCUAGGCCUGGACAUCUGUGCGGACACAGUGGUGGGAAACGACAUGCUACGGGGCAUCUCCGGCGGGCAGAAGAAGCGAGUCACCACAGGCGUGUCUCUCGUCGGCCCCAAGCAGGUGCUGCUGAUGGACGAGAUAUCCACCGGUUUGGAUUCCUCCACCACCUUCCUCAUCACACGCUGCCUGCGCCACCUCACGCACCUCCACGCCGCCACCACGCUCGUGGCUCUCCUCCCAGCCUGCCCCCGAGACCUACGAGCUCUUUGA